CUUCUUAUAAAACUCCCUCUCAAUAACUUUUUUAGAUUACCUUUCUAUUGUUUUCUCUUCUUCUUUCCAAGUUCAAAGAGUGUGUGACUCAGAGAGAAAAUGGACCAAAUGGAUUCUUUAUGGAGUUAUCAAGAGACAAUGGAAGAAAUGAGACAGAAGCUUCUAUACACUAGUCUUGAACUUGAAAAACUGAAAAUGGAAGCAAGUGAAGAAAAGAGGAAGAACAAUGAAUAUGUGAAGCAAUUAAUCCAACUCAUAAAGAUGGCUUAUCAAGAAAGAGAUGAAGCAAGAGAUCAACUUCAGAAACUAGUCAACAAAAUCAAUCAGGCUGAUUUGCUCAAUAACCAUUCUCAAAUCCAAGUUGAUAGUUCAGUAAUUAAGCCCACGAAAGCGAAUUCAAGCACUAUUGAAUCGAAUAGUCUCACUGAAACAUACAAUUACCAAUCACAGAAUUCUUCCCCCGUCGAGUCCUUUUUGGAUGCUGUUACAUCUCCUGAACUUUCCAACAUCAAUGUGGCUGAUUCAAAUGCAAUGCCAUUUGUUUCAUACACUGUUGUACCUCAAGAAAUGGCAAAAGUUGAUCUUGAUCCGGCCUCGUUGGUUAUUGAGAGUCUUGUUAAGGGAAAGACUUUGCCUCAGCAAGGGAAAUUCCUUCAGGCUGUUCUUGAAUCAGGGCCACUUUUGCAAACAUUACUUGUAGCUGGACCGCUUCCUAGAUGGCGUAAUCCGCCUCAGUUUCAGCCAUUACAUAUUCCACCAGUUUCAAUUAAAGGUUGUGAAGCUGGUAUUGUCACACAGAAUAAUGCUGCAAAUUCUAGUCAGCCUUACUUUGAGAUGACUUGUGGAUCAUCUCAAAUGUUGUCACCUUAUUUAGGAUAUCAGAGAUUGGUGUCUGCAGGUGAAAACUGUAAUAGUUUUGUUCACCUGGACAAGAGACAAAGGUUGCAAUGAGAGAAGUUGAAGCAUGCCUAUGCUUCUGAUUUUUGUAUAAAUUCUGAUUUUAAUUGAAAUAGCUAUAAUUUGAUGAAAUAGUUGAAGGAAAGAUUAGUUUAAGUUUCUUUGUCAAAUUUUCAGCUU